CGGAGGGAGCGGGGUGCAGCUCCACCACAGCGCGGCUCACGUCUGCUCUACAGACCGGGACACGCACAAACGCUUCUCAGUAACCCCUUCAACAAGUCUGAACAAGAGCAGACUCCUGCUCAUGAUGACGUGAAGGACCUCGGUCUCAGCUGGGUUGAUCAAAGCCUGUGUGUGUGUGUGUGUUCGUGUCUUGACAUUUGCUCCACCUCCUUCGCCCUGAGCUGAAGUCGCAGUUGAGUCGCAGUGAGGCAGUUUCUCAAGAGGAAGCAGACGGGAGGUGGGCUACAGUCAGAGAGAGGAGAAGCACAGCGAAGAGUGACGAUGGCUGACAACAAGAUGGGCCCAAACCUACAGGCUGGAGCCGGAUUCCUCGCCAAGCGGGUCCAGAAGUCCCUGAAUCGAGCUCAGGAGAAGGUCCUUCAGAAACUGGGCAAAACCAUGGAGACCAAGGACGAGCAGUUUGAGCUUUGCUUCCAGAACCUCAACAAACAACAGAUGGAUGGAGGCAGGUUGUUUAAAGAUGUCAAAGCUUACUACACGGCAGUGAAAGCUGUGCACGAGACGUCCAAGCGGCUGUCCCAGACGUUGCGAGACAUCUACGAAUCGGACUGGAACGGGGUGGAGGACCUUGCCGUCAUUACAGAGAGUGAAGACUUGCUGUGGAACGACUAUGAAGAGAAAAUGAGUGACCAGAUUGUCCGAACAAUGGAGAACUACACGAGCCAGUUCCCUGAGGUCAAGGAACGAGUCGCUAAACGCGGUCGCAAGCUGGUGGACUACGACUCGGCACGUCACCACCUGGAGGCGCUGCACAGUGCCAAGAAAAAGGACGACGCCAAAAUCGCAAAGGCAGAAGAGGAGUUUAACAAAGCCCAGAAUGUCUUUGAAGAAAUAAAUAAAGAGCUGAGAGAGGAGCUGCCUGUUCUCUAUCAGAGCCGUAUAGGUUGCUACGUGACCGUGUUCCAAAACGUAUCAAACCUGAGAGACGUCUUCUACAAGGAAAUGAGUGUGCUUAACCGGGAGCUCUACAAUGUGAUGAAGAAACUGGAGACUCAACACUCUGGGAAAGCUUUCAUCAUCAAGGGUCUGAACAGUAGCACGUCAACCAAAUCAAAGAAGAGGAAGUCGCUGGUUAUCUCCAACCCCAUCCCCUGCAAUACUGCGUUCCCAGCUGACCAUGUCUCCAUCCACGCCUCCACCCAAAACGGUAAAGACGCUGCACCUUCUUCCCCUGUCCAGCGAACUCAAAGCAUCUCUGAAGAAACCAACCCACCAGAGGAGAGCAGCGUCUCAUCCAAAGAUGUCAACUCGUCAGACUCGGAUCUCAGCUCCAGCGGCAUCAACACGCCCAAGAGGCAGUCGGUGUGUGACAAUGAGAACAGCGACAGGAGCACAGGGGGUCAAAGUCCAGAGGACGCAGAGGAGGAGCCAGCGGCGGCUGAAGUUGAUGCUGAAGUUGAUGCUGAAGCUGAUGCUGAUGCUGAUGCUGAUGCUGAUGCUGCAGCUGAAGCUGAAGCUGAAGUUGAAGCUGAAGCAGCACUUGCUACAAAACAGUCGGAUGACUCCGGGGUGGGAGUUGCAAAGUCAGAAGCAGCAAGUCAGGAAGUGUCCAAUCCCUCUGACUCUGCAGAGAGCGAUGCCCCACACAGUCCGGAGCAGGAGGCUGUGAGUGAUCCUACAUCAGAGGAGGUCGAGCCCAAACCUGCACCAGUUCCUGCUCCUCGCCUGUCCUUCCACUCCACAGACGCAUGCCCCCUCCUCCCUGCUGAGGAGCAGGAGGAGACAAAAGAAGCACCAGUCAACCAGGAGACAGGAGAUGACUCCAGUUCCCACAGUCCACCUGGCUUCCUAUACAAGGGGGUGGCACUGGAGAGUCAUGCAGCGUCUGAAGACGGCCUGCUGCAGUUUGAACAGGGAGAUGUCAUCCUGGUGCUUGCUGACACUCGAGAGCAGGACGGCCUGGUGAAGGGGAUCAGGGAGGAGAGCUGGAACCAGCACAUGGAUCUAGAAAAGCACUCUGGGAUCUUCUCGGAAAAACUCAUCCAGCCUGUCGAGGUGGAGUGAGGCAAUAGUCACUCCUCAAAGUUUCUUCCUCCUCUGAACAGUUAUGAUGAGUCACACACACACACACACACACACACACACACACACACUGACACACACUCUCUCACACACACACACCCACCCACCCACUCACAGAGGGAGUGAACCCAUAUGUUUUGGGUGCAGAAACUGAACAAACAGAUGAGCACAAGUCCCACGUGGUUACUCACAUGCUAUGAUGUUGUAUCCUGUGGAACAACAGUGACUGAGCUGCAGAACAUUUUGUAUGAGAUGUUUGGAAAAGUUACAGUAUUUUGCUCUUUUUGUAUUUUCAAUGUCUUUCUAUACAACACUGUGAAACAAAAAACUUUUUAUAAUGACGCUUUAAUCUUUAAACUUGCCAAUAAAGUUCUAAGUAGAAGAGAAGAGGGUGUUGUCCUGGUAUGAAAUUUCCAGUAUUGUGCCAUUUAUUCAGAUUAUCUGUGAACUCCCACUCUAAGAGAAGUGGAUAUCAUUCAGUAAAUAGGAUUUGCAUUUUGUAAAUAAAGGAAAUUGUUGCUGCAAGACCGCAGAUAAACAGCGUAAGCUUGAGAAAGGACCACAAUGAUUCAGCAGAAUGGAAUGUGAAAAUAUUGUCAAGACCUGGAAAGGGAGACAUGUUGACUGAUUGACUGUGAGAAGUUUAUGGAGUCUGUCCUGUAUAAAAACCUACUGAGCUGGGGGUCACUUCCCCAGUUUGCCAGUUCUGCCUUGUGGACAUGAGAAACUGAAGUGAGUUUCUGCAUAUCCCCUGACUAUACACAAUAAUACUGUAGCCAGCUGGCUAACUAGCUAAUACUAAAAGGGGGGAUUAAAGGAUAGCUACAUGUAACUGCAGCGACGGGGAUGCUCAGUAACAUGGGUGUUUCAAGGGUUUUCACACAGAUCUCUGUGGUUUGGUGAUUGGAUUUAGACCUUUUUAUAUACAGUUUACAGUUUAGACUUGAGUUUGCUGUGGUGAACAGCUGGGGGCUGUCAAGAGUAAAGAAAUUAGCUGCAAUUUUCAUGUAUCCAAAGGAAUGACACAAGGCAGGACCACAUAUUUAGUCUGAAAAACAAGACUAUAAAGAGACAAUUACCAUUCCUGUGGUGCUUUACACUCACACAAACAGUGCGCAGAUUAUUAGCACAAUUAUGAUCAUUAAGAAAAGUGAUGGAGCAUUCCUGUACCUCAAAGAGAAAUGACAUGAGUUGUGUGUUAAAGGAAAUUCUGCCACUUAUAUUUAAAUUUGACUAUGUUUUAUGCUUUAACUACCAAAACCAAGCUUUUGUGAACAAGAUAUCUGGGUAUUAUAAUUUUUAAGUCUAUUUGUGCGCUGCUAACUAAUACAUUUAAGAGUUUGGCUGUACUUUGGCACAGCAUCUCUCUGUACUAUAUGCUAACAGUAGCAUACUAACAUGCUCACAUUGUGUCCAAAAUAACAUCUGAAUUCUAAGUAUGUAAAUGUAUCCACUAGUGCAGUAGUGUCCAUGGCAUAGACACUGCUACUGUCCCACAAUGUAACAUGCCACAUUCUUUAGAUGUGAAAAUUAACUGUCGAUGCAAAGUAACAAUGAUUAGUAUGUGUCUGACAUUUCAGUUGGUCACUGCUCAGUAUAGAGUAAGCUAUCGAGUGUCUGUUAUAUAGGGAGUAGUGAGAGAGUGAAUGAGAGAAUUAUUUUGGACAAUGCUAACAUGGAUGCUAAUGUUAAGGAGGUAUAACUUUUACCAUCUUCACCAUCAUUGUUUAGCAUGUUAGCAUUGCUAAUAUUUGCCAGUUACUACAUAAAGCCAAAGCUAAUCUAAUCUACCAAGUAUUUAGUCUUUAACCUGCUGAACAAAUUUAAAAAAUUUGACCUGAUGAUGACACUAGAUGAAAAGUUAAGGGAUCAGCCACAGCAGGUAACAUCAUGCAACACAGGCAGUGUGUCCUGGCCAUUAGGGGGACAUGAGUGUCAGAAACAAAAUCUCAUGGCAACCAAUACUUGUCAAGACAUUUUACUCAAAACCACAAAUGUGAACCUCAUGGUAUCACUGCACCAAAUUUCAUAUCAGUCCAUUCAGUAGUUGUUUUAGAUAUUUUACAGUCUGGACCAAGAUUGACAAACCAACAUGGUCAUCACUAGAGCCAUGCAGCUACCAAGGCUAAAAACUGGUCAUCUGACAUAAAACUAGGCGUGCUCCUCUGGUCUGUUCAAUAGAUGGGUCAGACUGACACUUUUAUUACCCACAGAGCACAGACAUACAGAACCUACUGUGAAAAGAGCACUGGGAAGAGGUUUUCACGUGGUGUGGUUCACUUGGGUAUGUUGAUGCCUAUGGGUAUUGCAGAAGGGGCAAGGAAAGUUGUUUGCUGAUUAAACAAACAUUUUUCAAAACAGUUGAUAACAACAUAAAUAUUGUGUAAAUAUGAUGUUCAUGCAAGGGUGCUGAUUUUAUAUUUUUAUAUAUUAUAUAUAUUUUUG